AUGGUCAGACGGAACGCGUCAAUCAAAUACUGGAGGACAUCGGGUGACAAGGUUCUACUUCGUGUGUCUCCAAUGAAAGGAGUAGUUCGCUUUGGUGCUCGUAGAAAGUUAAGCUCACGUUUCAUAGGUCCUUAUGACAUUGUGGAGAAAUUAGGGAAGUUAGCCUAUCGGUUAGCAUUGCCUAAUGCUCUGGAGCCGUUAGAACUUGAUGAGAGCCUAACUUAUGAGGAACAGCCUGUCCGGAUAUUGGAUAAGAAGGUCCGUAGUACUCGUCGGAGGGAUAUCACCAUGGUUAAAGUAUUAUGGUCCAAUCACCGUUCACAAGAGGCAACCUGGGAGACGGAAGACUCCAUGCGAGAGCAGUAUCCUCACCUUUUUCUCUCGAGUUAG